AAAAAGCGGACUUGCUAAUAUUUUCUUGAGCCCAGCAACAACGGAUGGAUGUACUUCAGCACCCACCGUUUGUGCAAAUGUUCGAAUUUUAGGUGUAUUUUAUAUUACGCGGUCUGUUAUCGCUAAUCAAUCACGAGUAGUUUUGCGAUAAUUAGCAGUACAUUAGCCGUUAAUUCGCUUUAAGUCAGUCAAAAAUGAUUGGUGUUUGGUUUCAGUUGUUCCUGCUGGGCACGCUGUUUUCUGCCAUUUUCUCAGCCCCCUUUAACACUCACUAUAAGGAAACAGAUCCAGAGCUGACUGCGGGAUACUUCCAAGGUGAUAUGGAUGUGGACUACGCCCGGAAUGGACAGCUGUCCGAGACGCGACGCUGGCCAAACGCCACAGUUCGGUAUAGGAUCUCUGAAGAGUUUGAUACUCCUCAUGUGGAAUACAUAAAGCUUGGCAUGCAAUUCAUCGAGUAUUCGUCGUGUAUUCGAUUUGUGCCUGCUGAUGAGGAUGCGGAAAACUAUUUAUUUGUGCUUCCUUCCACUUCUGGAUGCAGCUCCAAAGUGGGCUAUCAGCCAGGUGAAAGAACCGUCAAACUUCGCCCUGACCCGUUGGACACGGGUUGCUUCAAACUGGGAACCGUCCAGCACGAACUGCUUCAUACUUUGGGGUUCCAUCACCAGCAGUGCUCCCCUAAUCGAGAUGAGUUCGUAAGGAUCGUGGAGGAGAACAUCUCCGAGGGUCACGAGAAGAACUUUGUCAAGUACGAGAAAGACGAAGUGGAGGAUUUCGAUCAGCCCUAUGACUACGGAAGCAUUCUACACUACAGCUCAUUGGCAUUUUCAAUAAAUGGUGAAGCCACCAUUGUUGCUCUGAAUCCAGAGGGUCAGGAAAAAAUGGGUCAGCGCUUGAUGAUGAGCGAUACCGAUAUCAAACGACUCAAUACCAUGUACAAGUGUCCGAUUCAAUUGUAAAAAUAGCAAUAGUCAAGGUCAAAAAGGUCUGUCAAUUAUAUAUAACCGAGCAAUAUUUUUUUAUUUUGCACAAUAAAAUUCUCAGUCAUUAA